UUAUUUUAUCUUCAGUAUACCAUUUGAAGCGCAGCAACCAACAUUUUACGAUGCUGUUGAGUACGCAGUAACAGUGUUCUCUCUGUAAAAAUGUUCCACUUCUUGAAGCUAUUUUUUGUGUGCUUCGUGUCUUCACUCUCAGUUUCACGUGGACAGGAACCUGUCGAGAGCCUGUUCCUGUUUGUCGCACCGCAAGCACUCGCUGUGGAAAAAAAUGAAACAUUUCACUUGCUGAUUUUCGACAAUCCCAAAAAUGACACCUUUAAAAUCAGACUAUUGCUGCCAACGAAUGGCACUGAAUUGGGCUCGGUAACAGUUCCAUACGAUCCAGAUAUUGUGCAAUACGAGGUGAAUUUUCCGAUCAAGGAUAUUGAUACGCAACACGCCACACUAGAAGUUGUGUAUGGAAAGAACAAGACCAAAUCCUCCGACGUCCAACUCUACCACGAAAAAACAAUGAUGUUUAUUGAGACCGAAAAGCCAUUUUACAAGCCUGGCGAGCUUGUCCGAUUUAGGGUUCUGCACUUAAAAAGAAACCUCCUUCCUACGGACACUCCAUUACGAAAAGUGUGGAUAGAAAAUCCAAGUAACGUGAAAAUUGCCCAAUGGAAAAACGUGAAGAUUAACAAAGGAUUUGCGCAGCUAGAAAUGCAACUUACUAAAGAGCCUGAAAAAGGCACAUGGAAGAUCAAAGUCCAAGCGCUCAAUACAUCAGAUGCUGUAACCAAAAAAUUUCAGAUCAAGGAGUACGUUUUACCGAAAUUUGAGGUGACUUUAGUUCCUCCAAGCUACAUUUUGUCGAAAGCAAACAAAAGCUACACCUGGAAAGUUUGUGCGAAAUACAGUUUUGGAGGACCUGUGCAAGGAAAUGCCACUGUGUCGUUUACUUUUGAGGAGCCGGUGUAUUGGUGGACGAAAAAGACCAACACUGCAAACGAAAUGACCGAGUUGAUAAAUUAUGAACUGAGAAAAGAGGAUGGUUGCAAUGAUUUUACCCUUAGUAGCAAAAUUAUUGCGAAGCACUCAGAUAAAUAUUUGAACGGCAUCGUUGUCAACGCGACUGUUGAGGAGAGAGGCACGGGAGAAAAACAGAUUACAAGUCACACAUCUCGAUUUCAUACAGAGAACAUGAAGUUUAGUUUUACAAAUGCACCUAAAUACUUCUACCCAGGUUUACCGUAUUAUGGACAGAUUGACAUUAAGUACCAAGAUGGGUUGGAAGCAGCGAACGUUGAAGUUUCGAUAGGAAUUAAAAACGGAAGGGAUUUCCGUGAAGCAGAAACGCUCUCUGCUAUCUCUGAUCAAAGUGGCACCGUUCAUUUCACAGUGGUAACAACCAACUUUAGUGAUGAAUUGUACAUUCAUGUGAAGUGCCUGAAAAGUAACGUGGAAUGCAAUAGUAUGGGAAAUCACAAGGUUAUUCCGUGGUUUUCUCCAUCAAAAUCAUACAUCACGAUAAAUGGUCAAUCGGACGCAAUCUGCAAUGAAACGCUUGAUUUGGAGAUAUUAUACACGUUCUCUGAAAAGGAGCUGGGAGAAAAGUUACAACUCUUUUACUUGGUUCAAUCCAAAGGGGAUAUUAUGAAACGUGGAAGUACAGUGAUUGCGAAGAAAAACCAUAACUUUAGGGUUAGGCAUUGGCAAAAUGUGUUUUUUGAGAGUCACCUUCAAAACAAAUCAUCCGUCGGGAAAUGGAAUCUGAAGCUCCGAGUGAGAGAAAGGUAUUCACCAGAGAUCAAAAUCGUUAUAUUUUAUCGCACGCUGGGAAGAGAAGUUGUCGCGUCCAGCAAAACGAUAAAAAUCAGCAGCUGCUUAUUGAACAAGGUGGAAUCAAAAUUUUCGGCGCGCACUGCGGAGCCUGGUCAACAAGUUACGCUCUCAGUGGCCACUAGCACAGCAUCGCUAUGCGCCUUGUCUGGAGUUGACAAGGCGGUCACGUUCUUGGAAAAAAAUCGCGAAUUUGACAUUGAGGCAGUAUUUGAACGUAUAAUGAUAGCUAGUGCCAAACCAAAGGAGCACUCAGCGGAAGCCAAUUAUUAUGUGGAAAAGUGCGAACUUGACUCUGAGAGUCCUCUAGGCUCAAAUUCUGAGGAGGAGUCUACCGCGUUUAGAAUCAAACGAUCAAUGUGGUGGCAGCCGAAAAAGCCAUUUGGAAAUGCACAUAGAGCGUUUGCGGAUGGAGGAACACUAAUGUUGAGCAAUUUAGAUAGCAAUAUCAAACCUUGCGAAAGCGGCGGUUUCAAGGAAAAUUGUGACUCUUGCCCUAAUGAUCAUCGCUACUUUUCAAUAGUCUCACGCAUGGAUAGUAUGCCGAUCAAACAACGAUCGCGAGCACGAUCGCGGCCCAGAAAUGAUGUCUUGAGAGCUAGAAAAAUUACGGACACUUCAUCUGAUUUUCAAUCCAAGGAAGAGUCAAAUUCCGCAACAAAACUACAAGAUAACGUUGAAUUGGUGGAGAUGCGGACCGAUUUUCGAGAAUCAUGGCUGUGGCAAUUUGAGGAAAUAAACAACGGUAGUGCAAAGGAAAUAAAGCUGCAGACGCCGCACACAAUUACCGACUGGGUGCUGAACACCGUCUGCGUCUCGCAAAGCCAAGGCUUAGGGAUUGCCGCUGAAACUUCUAUUAGGGUCACGAAACCCUACUUUAUCGACUUCUCAUUGCCGUUUUCUGUCAAGAGAGGAGAAACUUUACCGCUGAAAGUUUCUAUUUUCAACUACCUUAAUCACGAUAUACCGAUCAAACUUUCGUUCGGCGAAUUUACCGGCGGAGAUUUAAAUGGCGAUGCUAGUUUUGAUACGUGUUUACAGAGAAAGGACAAAAUAGUCCACACGUUCGAACUAAAUGCGAAACUGUUAGGCACGCACAAUAUAUCCGUCAUUUCUUCGAUCAAUUUUGACAACAGUUCAUGCGGUCCUGAUGUACUCACUGAAAUGAGAGAUGGCGUGACUAAGAGCAUCAAAAUCAAACCAGAAGGCCUGCCAGUCGAAAUAACUAAGUCCAUGUUUCUUUGUCUUGAUGGAGGUGGUGAAUCCGCACUAAUGAGUUGGCACUUGGACGUGCCUGAAAAUUCAGUUCCCGAUUCAGCUAGAGGGGAUGUUGCAGUGAUCGGAGAUUUGAUGGGACCUAGUUUAGAGAAUUUAGACCAUCUAGUUCGUCUUCCAACGGGUUGCGGGGAGCAAAACAUGGUUUUAUUCGCGCCUAAUAUUGUGGUGCUUAAAUAUUUGGAGGCGACCGACUCAUUGACGCACACCAUCAAAAGGAAAGCCAACGACAAUUUGGUCAAAGGCUAUCAAAGGGAGUUAACCUACAAGCAUGACGAUGGCUCCUAUUCAGCCUUUGGCAAAUCUGACAAUUCUGGUUCAAUGUGGCUCACUGCUUUUGUCGUCAAAUCGUUUGCUCAGGCAAAGAAAUUCAUUUAUGUGGACCAGAGCGAACUUCUGAAAAGCACCAAGUGGAUCCUAUCCCACCAGUUGGAGAAUGGGUGCUUCAGACAAAUUGGAACAGUUUUUCAUAAGGAAAUGAAGGGCGGCGUUGGGACCUCUGGCUCGAUAGUAGCGUUCUCUGCCUACAUCAUGAUCGCUUUGUUGGAGUCAAAAAUCGAAAUAAACAAGGGUGUUCUAGAAAAUGGGCUGUUUUGUCUAAAGCAGGUGCAGGAUUCAGAUGAUGUGUACACACAAGCACUUGUCGCCUACGCAAUGCAACUAUCUAAAGCGCAACUAAAGACCGAAAGGAGUGCUUUAGCUGCCCAAAUUUCGUUAGAAAAACUGGUCCACUUGGCAUCAACUGGCAACAAUAGUGAAAUAUUUUGGCAAAACAAGGGUUCCGCACAUCUAGCGCUUAGUGUCGAAAUGACCGCGUACGCAAUACUGACACUUGCAACCGCUGGAGGAGAAGAAAAUUUGAUGCUCGCAUUUGGCGCAGUCAAGUGGAUUUCCAAGCAGAGAAACAAGCAAGGCGGCUUUGUUUCAACGCAGGAUACAGUUGUUGCACUCGAAGCUUUGGCGAAAUACGCGAUGACUGUGCCAUCAAAAAACGUUGAAAUGAGCUUGCAAGUAGCCACUGACGAUGGUGACAUAAUGGAAUUCAACAUUGAUGCAGGGAACCGGCAAAUCCUUCAACAAAAUGAUAUACCUUACGUGCCCACAAAUCUACACUGGAGUGCGACUGGGAAAGGAUGCAGCCUUGUGCAAAGCUCUCUGAGAUAUAAUUUAAAAAGCUCAGCACAACUAUUAGACGAAAUAUUUACUAUGGAGAAGCAAGUGAAAAGCAUUGUGCCAGGAUCGUGCAGUGAAUUGUACCUGGCAUUCAACUUGACGUAUAAUCAACCUGAAGGGUCAUCAAAUAUGGCUGUACUGGAGGUGGAAAUGUUAAGCGGUUAUGAACCUGAACGUUCGACCCUUGAAAAUUUGAGAACGAAAAUAGAGACGUUUAAGCGAUGGGACUUUGAAGACGGCGUUUUGAAUCUCUAUUUCGACUCACUACACAGCUCAUUGCCUAUUGAAGUCGAUUUCGUAAUCAUUCAAACAGUAACCGUAGCAAAUGUGAAGGCUGCAAAAGUCAAGUUGUUUGAUUACUACGAGAAGGAGUCAUUUAAUGAAAAGGAAUAUGAAAUCAAUGAAUUGAUAUGUAAUGCAAAUCAAGAAGAGGACGCGAUUACUACAAAGCCUGUGUCUGAUGAACCAAUCUCUGUGUCCGGUAAUGCAUUAGGUGAUAAUUUCAAAGAUUUUAAGAAUAUUUACGACGACUUGGAUUUCCCAGAAGGCAUUGAAGGUCCUGUUGAAGUCUUUGUUCCAGCGCCCAAGAACAUGAAGCCUUAAACAGCGAUGUGUGAAAUAUUUCAACGUUAUCAUUCAAUAAAAAGUAACUUUAAUUUGCUAAC